CAAAUGCAAGCCGUAGCCAGAAUUGUUAAGCUGGGUCUCGUCCGUUAGUCCAGUAUUAUCCAUUUAGCGGACCAUUCUAUCUUUUAAGGUACCUCCUGGCAAGCAGUGGCACUGAACGUGUUUUAUUGUAGCGGACCUUAGGGAGGGUUACUCCGGUAAAUGCAGGUGAAAUCUGAGGGUGCAAGCCCCUAAGAAAAUCAGUCUCUUGAAGUUAUUGGGCUCCCCAGGAGAAAAAAAUCCGAAAUUUUCUUAAGGGAACAUGUCCUCCCCCCUACCAUUUAGGGAUUACAGUUUCAUAAGAGCAUGGGAUAAAAGUUUCAUAAGGGCAUUUGUGCAUUUGCAAGAUCCCUAAAACAGUGUUCAAUUUAAAAUCAUCUAAAAAUAAAGGACAAUUAUAUCUAGCCCAAUAUACAUUCUUACCACUCGCACGAUUCCCGAGGGUUUUAACUUAAGCGGGGGUUUCGCGACUCAACUCAAUUAAAAGCCAAGGUACCCACAACCUAUCGAUAAUCAACUCUUCAUGACAAGCUUUCCCUCAUGUCAAAUUAAAGAAGACCAAAGUAAUUGCUUCACCAAUAAAUGAACAACCAAUAGAAUCACCCUAAUACCAAAAAGCCGAAAAAAGGCAGAGUCUCUAGAGGCUUCUUUGAAAAAUAAAGUCUCACUUACACUCAGGAUGAAAAUUAGGCUGGCCUUCUUUCUCGUAGUUUUUUUCUGUUUCAUGUCCGUAAGGUCUGGCUCGCCAUCCUCAUUAGAGGUUAUAUCUUCUGAUGGAAAUAACACGAACACAAUAACGCAAGGGCAAUCUGAAAACGGUAAGUGAUAACAAAACUCCCCCAAAACGCCAGAGGUUUCCGUGUCAUAAUCUGUUUUGCCACUUCACUCAUGGGCAAAACAUUAAUUUCGGAACUUAUAUUUCUCUGAUUCUAACACUAUUAUUUCGAGUAAAAUCUACCAUAGUUGCAAAACCUCCCUAUUCAAGUAUGUUAUGUAAGUAACGUUGAGAAAGGUAGUAUUAUAAGUUGAAUCACACAAAGUCACUAGUCAAAUGGCAAGCCAAAUUGUUGACAUGUUUGUAAACAAAGUAGUUUUUCCUCAUUUCCAAGUUUUCUUAUUUCAAUGUAUAUGUCGCCCAUUUCAUCUUUUCCUCGCGAACUCCAGCCCAGCGAAAUACAGAGAAAAGAGGCCUCUGCUAGCAGGUAACCCAUUUCAUUUUCUAUUGACAGAAUCGACCAUUACCAAGGCGCUGUGCAAAAGUCAAUUCUCUUUUUCAACAUUUCGCUUAUUUAAAUAUAAAUAAGCGAAAUGUUUGAAACACAGUUUCACUCAUCGACAUUUUUUUUAUGCCCGAAAAACUCCUUAAUAAAUUAUAUGUUCUGUUUAAUUUCCGGCAGCGAAGCUUAGCGUCCUGCAGCGUUCAUCUGCAGUAAUAGACUAAAAUUAUUGCCUGGGGAGAUUUGCGUGCGACCCAAAGAGUGGGUAAUUUCACUGCACACCUCGCCUCCCCUAUCAACCAAUUGGAACACACCUGCUUAAAUUUUGAAGAAUAUUGCUGUGACGAUUAUCCUAUAGCCUGUGCUGUGACAUAGCCCUCAAAACAUUUUAUUGUUCUCGUCAACGGCUUGCUCGGCCCAAUCCCCCUCUCCUUUUGAGCCGUUACGCAAGCUAUGUUCUCGUCACUCUUGAGGCCCUUGAGGGCCAAUCCAAUGCAUUAUUUUUAUUUUAACAAGUAAGGCUGAGCUGUUCAUCGUCAGAGAGCGUUUGUUAGUUUUCAAGGAAAGAAGGACAAUCAAAACUAGGCACCUCAGAACGCCAAGACGAACGCCCUCGUAGCAUGAACGAUAACGUGAACACGAAGGACUAUUUUCCUUUUUCCCCAGCAUUGACUUAUACAUAAAAUAACACUGAAUAUUAUACAUUGUGUGUGAAAAAUAGGUAUUGUUUUCAUUUGCGUACCAUCGCGCCAGCUUUUGCAUUUCCUUCAGACACAGGAAGCAGUCGUCCCGGUGGCACUUCUUGGGAUGUUGGCAUCACUGUUGGCUUUGUCACGACUUUCAUGAUAUCGGUCAGCGGUAAUGCGCUUGUCGUCCACGUGGUUCGCGUCACGCCCUCCAUGCAUACGUCAAUCAACUUCUACAUUGCCAACAUGGCGUGCUCGGAUCUGAUCUCUACGAUAAUUUGCGUGCCCUUUUCGCUACAGAGCUACUUCAGCUUGUACAAAUGGAUCCCGGGGACGAUAGGCGAGGUUCUUUGCAAGACAAUUAUUUGUACGUUCUACACAUCCUUCGCCUGCUCCACCUUCUGUCUGGUUGCCAUAGCGACGGACCGUUACUUAGCAAUCACCAGGCCGUUGUUUCGCUACCCCAACAGCAUAGUCAGGACAGUUAUUUGUAUCAUCUGGGCAGUUAGUCUGGCACUGGCAUUGCCCAUCUCCUUGGCGUACAAUCGUAAAUUUGGCUUCAAGCAGGACGGCUAUUGCUAUGACUCUGAUAGAGACACAAUAUACCUCAUCGGUGUCACGGUCAUGGGCAUAUUCUGCUAUGUAAUACCGCUGAGCAUAGCCAUAGCACUGUACAGCAUCAUAGGAUGGAGACUGCGCAUGCGCGCUAAAGACGCUGUCGGCGCCAACGCGAUGAAUCACCGCCGCAGAUCCCGCAAGAUGUCGAUGAAAGCAUCUAAAAUGAUGGCAAUGGUCAUUGUAGUGUUUGGCUUGUGUUGGGCGCCAUUUUUCGUAUACCAUAUCGCCAAGGGCUGGUACCAGGGACGAUUGAUUACUAUUUUCAAAUGGUGGUACCGUCAUCUUUCAUUUCUCCUUGCAUCGACAAAUGCCGCCAUCAAUCCAUGCCUUUACAUGACUCUUAAUCAGAACUUCAGGCGUGGAUUCGAGUUGGCUCUCAACUGCCGACCUGAAGAGCCUCCUGUUGCCAUGGAUAAUGCCAACAUGGGCGUGGCUCUUAAUGUGAUUGAAACACAGGAGAAUAUUUGAGCCAGAGUACAAUACAACAGGGAAACAUUUCGAACAUUGGAUUCUGAGAAGAAGAUGAUUGGAGUAAGCUACUCCUGAUGUUUCCGUCGUUUUCAUGUAUUCAAUAUCGCGAAAGAAAAACUCCACCCCGGUGUGUUUCUGCUUUGUGAUUGUAACGAGCCUUAGCUUAUCCAGCUUAUGUGUGCAGAAUCAGCACUAGUUGUGGGACAUAGUACACUUGUUUACUACAGCACUAGUUUCCCAAGCUUACCACCCUAUGAAGACGUUCUAUGCGGCGUCGGCUAAACGGUGGUGUUCGCAAAGGCAUACACAGUCUCGACACAGUCUCUUUGUAAUCAUCUCUCGUAAUAUGUAUGCUCUAGAAUAAAGGUAAAAACGAAGGA